GUGAGAUCAUGACCUGAGCCGAAGUCGGACGCUUAACCGACCAAGCCACCCAGGCGCCCCCCAAAAAUUUAAAAAUAAACAUUAAAAAUGUUAAAUAACUUUAUUCAGAUAUAAUUUAUACACCAUACAGUUAACCUCCUUAAAGUGUAUACACUUCAGUGGUUUUAAGUAUAUUUUCUACUGUGCAGUUCAUCAUCACAGUCCACUUUAGAGAAGAUUUUCCACUUUCCCCAAGAAAAACUACACCCAUUGGUAGCCACCCCCUUUCAUUCUACCCCACUGGGUCCCCCCCACCCCCACCCCAUCCGUCCACCCCAGCCCUAGUCAACCACUAAUCCAUUUUCUGUCUCUAGAUUUGCCUAUUCUGGGCAUUUCAUAUAAGUGGAAUCGUACAAUCUGUGGUCUUCUGUGUUUUUAACCCAGCAUAGUGUUUGUAAGGCUCAUGCAUGUUGUAUAUGUCAGAAUUUCAUAUUUCUAUUGCCACACACCACUCCAUUGUAUGGAUAUGCUACAUUUUGCUUAUCCAUCAGUUGGCAGGCAUUUGGGUUGUUUCCAAUUGGGGGUUAUUAAGAAUAGUGCUGCUGUGAACAUCUGCAUGCAACUUUAACCAUUUGAGACCUUCUAGUUUGUCUGAAGUUUGACAACAUUCUUACAUACACACCUUCCCCAUCUCUGGUUUCCCUAAUGUAAACUUGCAGAAGUCGAAUCACUGACAAGGACGUUGCAUUUUACAGAACUUGUCGGAUGGUUUCUAAGAAGACUGUAUGGAUUCUCUCUGCACUCUAGUGUCAGCCUGUGUGCUUAGUGAUGGGCAUUUAAUAUCAGGUCCUGUGAAAUGGAAGCCCAUGAGUUUCUUAUGAGACAGGUCUCUACCAUCAAGAUGCAUAUGUCUACGUGUAGACAUGAUGGGCAGAUGUAGGUCCAAAGGUAUUAGGUAGCAAGGUUAUGUACCUUAUGUGGAGAGAAAAAUGGACUGGUUAGGUAAAGGAAACAUUUGCCUGCCCAGGAUGAGGUUCACGCAGAUGCAAUCAUCAAGCAACUUUUUGCACCUUGAAGUUACAAAAUUAAUGGAACCAAACUGGCCUGGGGACUGGUUUGGUCCAAAGUCAUCACUUGUCCAGAUUGCUUAGUCUGAACCCUUACCCUGUUGUUCAGAAGACUCAGUUGUCAGCACAGUGCCUUUUGACCCUUGGGGUCCACGAGGCCUGUCUGCGGCUGCCUCCCAACCUGUGCUAUCUCACGAUUUCUUCCGAUGUCCUUGGGAUGUCUAAACAGCAUCCCCUUAUUGUUCUGUUUCUCAUUCUUUUGUAUUCAGAACAGUACCUCUUAAAGAUGAUAAAAUCAGCAAGUAGUUCAGCGAUGUGGCUGAAGAGGGGGGGAAAUGGUCCCGCCUUGCCCAGACUUCCCUGUUGAUGCUGACACUGGCAUGAUUUCAUGCCCAACAGGACCGCCAAAUCCCAUCCAAAGCAGUUGGCCAACCUGGAUCCGCAAAGAUCACGGAUUUGUCCAACUUGAGAUGGACAAAGUUCUAGAGUUCUUCCAGCAAGCUUCUUUUAAGUGACUGGGAAUGCAGAAGCUGGUUGCGUUGCUGCUUUUUUUUUCCCCCGCUACAGGGACUCAGACUUUUGAAACUGCAGCGAUAGCACGUUGCAGAUGCCGUUUUCUAACAUGUCACACCCCUUUUUGUUACAUAACUCUUUCAGAAAACACACAGGUAACUGGCAGAAAGUGCUGUGCUGCUAUUAGGUCGCUGCGAUUGGCAAGCACAAGCCUAAAAAAAACGGAACCUUCUUUUUUUUUCUUUGCCGCUGUAAAGAUGUCUGACGACAACCACAGCUUCCCUUAUUGAGCAUUCGAUGUCUAGAAGGAAUUUUGAGGAUCUUGGCAACCACCUUACUGAGCCAGAAACUCUUCGUGUGACUCAAGAGCACCUCCAGGGGACCGCUGUGGUCAGGGCCGUGUACGGAGUCCUCAAAAAUUGCCCCACGGUGGCUUGGAAAAAGAAAGCCAAGCGUCUAUUGUCAGAAUGGAAAGCUGUCUAUAAGGACUCCGCUUCAACGGACAGCCCGAAAUCAUUCCCUACGGGCGGAAAUGAAGAAAAGCCAGGACUUUCUCGUGACCCAAGUCGGGGUGAGAUACGGGGUGGCUCCGGUUCUCAUUCAUCAUGCCACGAUGUUGCAGAAGCCAUUGAAAUGAUUGCGCCUGAAAACAGCACUAGUCCAGUGGAACCUGAGAAAAGGCAUUUCACGGGCGGUGCCCCUCAAUCCACUGAUGAACGAUCCAGUGAGUUGCCGGAUCCCACAGUACCUGUGAGAGCUAAAGGCACAGAGCUUCUUUAUGAAGCUUUAACGAGUUCUUCCACAGACCAGCAGCCCAAAGCCGAUAUGUGGCACAACUUCGCAAAAGACAUUCUUACCCUCGACUUAAAGAACCUCAAAAAAUACAAAACUUGUGUUAGAAGCAAAGUCACCAAUCUGAAGAACCCCCCCCCCCCCAAAAUUUCACGACAAAGCUUGCUCUCUGGGACCAUGUCGCCGAGAGAAUUUGCCGAAACGACCGUCGUGGAAAUGGCACACGAGGACCUGAAGCAGUUGAGAACCGCAUACACGGAAUCUCGCAUCCAGGAACACCACUUUCCCCGAGCGGUGGGGGGCACAGACAAAAUAAAAUGCGGAAGCUGUGAGAAGUUCAAUUGCAUGGUCACCGUAGUCACCAGAGGAGCACUUUUCCUUCCAGGCUGGGUGCAGAACUCAAAUCCAGACAAAGACACGAUGACCUCUGUGAUCUGUAACGAGUGUGGGGAGCAGUGGUACCACAGCAGGUGGGUGUGCCUGUAAUUGCAAAUAAAUGUUCUC